GCUCUGGGAGGCGCCGUGGGGCCGGGCGCGGAGCUGCGGGCUCGGGGGUGUGCGCGGCCGCCGGGCAGGGCGCCCCCAGGAUGCUGCGGUUCCUGCGCAGGACCUUUGGCCGGCGGUCGAUGCAGCGCUACGGGCGAGGAGCCGGGCGCGGAGCCGGGCGAGGGGGGCUCGGCGGCGAGGGGGACGAGCGGGACGGGGGGCUGCGAGGCGCCGCUGCCGCCGGAGGCUUCCCCUCCUCCCCGCACCCCGGCGGCGUCGUGCACGGCGCAGCAGCCCCCGUCCACAUCCCCGCCGCCGGCGACAGCAAGCCGGUGCUGCAGUGCCGCGUUCUCCUCCUGGACGGCACCGAAGUCAACGUGGAGCUGCCGAAAAAUGCAAAGGGGCAGGAGUUAUUUGACCAGAUUGUGUAUCAUCUGGAUCUUGUGGAAACUGAUUACUUUGGCCUACAAUUCAUGGAUGCUUCCCAGGUUACACACUGGUUGGACCAUUCUAAACUCAUUAAGAAGCAAAUAAAAAUUGGACCUCCAUACACGUUGCACUUUCGAAUUAAGUACUAUUCAUCAGAACCGAACAACCUUCAUGAGGAGUUUACAAGGUACCUGUUUGUAUUACAGCUCCGGCAAGACAUUCUUUCAGGGAAACUGAAAUGCCCGUAUGAAACUGCUGUUGAACUAGCAGCUCUGUGUCUUCAAGCUGAGCUGGGAGAGUGUGAACACCCUGAGCACACACCAGAACUAGUGUCUGAAUUCAGGUUUGCACCAAACCAGACAGAAGCAAUGGAAUUUGACAUUUUUCAGAAAUGGAAAGAGUGCAGGGGGAAGAGCCCAGCACAAGCUGAACUGUGCUACUUGAACAAAGCUAAAUGGCUAGAAAUGUAUGGUGUAGAUAUGCACGUAGUUAAGGGAAGAGAUGGUUGCGAAUAUGCUCUUGGACUGACACCAACAGGCAUAUUGAUCUUUGAAGGAGCAAACAAAAUAGGCUUAUUCUUUUGGCCUAAAAUCACAAAAAUGGACUUUAAAAAGAGCAAACUAACACUUGUUGUUGUAGAAGAUGAUGAACAGGGCAGAGAGCAAGAGCACACAUUUGUUUUCCGGUUAGACAGUGCCAAAACUUGCAAACACUUGUGGAAGUGUGCAGUUGAACACCAUGCUUUCUUCAGACUGCGAGCCCCAGCAAACAGUAAAUCUAGCAGAUCCGACUUCAUAAGGCUAGGAUCACGCUUCAGAUUCAGUGGGCGUACAGAGUAUCAGGCAACACAUGGGACAAGGUUACGCAGGACUAGCACGUUUGAAAGAAGACCCAGCAAGCGAUAUCCUUCUCGAAGGCAUUCAACUUUUAAAACAAACAAUCCCGUGAAAGCAGCACAACUGUGCGCUAAAAGUACUCCAGAAGUCCAUAACUACCAGACACAGUAUCAUCCUAAUAUUCAUCCUGCUCAGCCACACUGGCAUCCGCAUACACCUGUAAAUGUAAGCUAUCCCUUGAACAACAGUGAUCUGCAUCCGUUCAACAUUGAGGAGAACGGUGGAGCACCUUAUACCACGAAAAUGCCUGCAAGGCACCAUCACCACCACCGUCACCACCACCACCACCCUAACUAUGGUGCCCUUGCUCCUGACAGCAAAGAACUUCUUUCUGGAGUUCCAAAUCCAAACAAUGGCAGGAGCUAUGGAGCCCUGGACAAACAGCAUCUUGCCGUCCAUCUUGGCACACAGGUCCAAAGCUACAAAGGAGGAGUAACCGAAGGAAACUUAGACCAAGAAUUGAGCUCAGGACUUCCCCUUCUUUAUGAUGAAACUUCUCAUCUGAAGAAAAUAGAAACGGAGAGUAUGAAGGUAGUUGGACCAUGGCCAGCCCUGCACAUCAGCAUGAACAAGGGUGAAGAGAAGAAAGUAUCUGAAAAGACUCUUCAUGCCCCUGUGUCACCUUCCUCUGUACCUGAUCAUAUGAAAUGCAACAUCCUUAAAGCUCAAGUAGAAGCUGCUUUUAGAGUGGGUGCCCAGCAGGUUGUGAAAGAAGAGACCUCUUUUGUAAAUCCCAGUAAGACCUCCAGCCUGCAGGACCCUAAUGUAAGAAGUCCAGCUCCAGUGCGACCUGAAACUACACCAUCAACUGGCCCUACGGAAAAGCAGGAAAUUAAAGUUUCUCGUAUGAGGAAGUUAACAAGACAGUACAGUUUUGAUGAAGAUGACCUUCCUCCAGCACUGGCAGCAGCGGCAGCAUCCACAUCUGUGUCUUCAGCAUCUCCUGGCUCACAGAAAACGUGUACACCACAGACAUCGGAAGGACAAGCACAGGUUUCGCCUGGUGCCAAGAGUUCCACAGAUGCUGGAAGUACAUUUGCUUUGGAGCCAGGUGACCUCCUGAUGGAUUUCACAGAGGCCACACCUAUGAUAAAGACAUUCCCUGCUGAUACAUCUAAUCCUUUUUUCGAUCCUUUUACAACAGUACCACAGUUUUCUGCAGAAUUUACAGAUAGCAAAUUACCAUGUUGUGCCAUGCAGUCAUCUCCUAAAAUAUUGCCAAUGACUCCUUCGCCCAUACUGAGAUCUUUGGCAGAGACUGUGCCAACCCCAACGGUGCAGACGAUAUAUCCAUCACACAAACCCAUUUCGCUGGCCGACAGCGCCGAGACCCUGAGGCGUGAACUCGAGAGAGAGAAGAUGAUGAAAAGACUGCUGAUGACCGAGUUGUGAAAUCCUCGCUUCCGCCAGACGGAGAACAGACCGAGGCCUUUCACGUGCCUUCUGCCUGUUUACAUUCCUCUGCUUCUGUGUACUCAGCAUACUGCGUCGGGAAACCCUGCCGUGUUCCUGGCUCGCCUGGAUUCACCACCGCAGGUUAAAGUGAAGGCUCGGAGGGACUUUAACUCGAAGGAGUUCCUUUACCCAUUUGCUGCUGGGAAAGAAACCAUCACUCCGUUAUCUCUCUCGAGGUUUUAUACUAUUAAUAUGAUUAAUUUUCAGGUUGGUUUUGGUAAAACUAGGGCAAAAAGGAUCAGCAAGGAGCGUACUGAUUUCUCUUGGGAAACACUGUUCUGUACAUAUGUUAAUAACUGCACAGAGAUUAAUGUUAUGCAGAAUAUUUUGAUAGUAACAUAGAAAAUACGUCAUUUUGUACAACUGAAAAUUGCAAUGAGCUACUGCUAUUUGUUAAAGAAUCAUUUUUAAAGUGGAAGAAUGAUUAUUAAAUCUUAACCCCAGGACUGUUAGUCUCCAGAAAAAUAAACAGCUGUCUUAUCAAAUUCCUAACCUUAACCUUUACUCAGAGAUAUAAAUGGCUGCAGAGGGGAAAGACACCCCUCCAUACAGAUUUACACUCCCAACACUUCCUAUAGUUUGUCAUCGUGACCUAAAUCUUAAACUAAAUCUUACUUGUAUUUCCAUUAAUGAUAAAAACAGUUAUUUAAAGUAAUUUGCUACUGACUUUCUAGAUUGAUAUUGACUUUUUUAAUUGAGUGGGAAGUCUUAACUUCUCCGAGUUGCCUACGUAUUAGGGCUUGCCACACUCAGGCAGCUUCUGCCAAUGCAGCGGAGUUUGCAGAGCCUCAUCCGUGCUGCCAUAGCUGAUGCAGAGGGCACGUUUUUCUUUCCUGGACCGGUAAACCGCCUUCCUGAAUGGCAAGAAUUGACUGAUCAAUUUAAAUAAUAAUAGUAAUCGAUGGCAUAA